AUGGUCAAAGUACCGGAAUCCUCCAUUAGAAAUCUGUGCGCUUCGACAUUUGUCCACAAUAAUCUUACAUUUGCCAUAAUUCCUGAAGUCUAUGAUGAUGAAAAUGCUUAUGAAAAUUUUGAAGCAGAAUUAGAAAAAGCCCUAGAGGCAAGUUACAAUGUCAUUGUGAUUGAGCCUUCUAAACUUGGAGAUGAAACAGCAAGAUGGAUAGCUGUUGGAAAUUGUUUGCAUAAAACGGCAGUAGUAACAGGAAUGAUGUCGGUUGCAGCAGCAUUUAUUUGGAACAAAAGACCUUACAUUUGUUUGCCUUUUGGAGUACUUUCUUUGCUGUGUACUGGUGUAUAUACUUUGUCUUGGCAAUUUGAUCCAUGUGUAAAAUACCAAGUUGAAACGGACUUAAAAAAGCUAAUGGAAGUCUUACCUGAGCUCAAUAAAUUACCCUCACUUUUAUCAUUGGACAGUCAAAAAGUAUCAACAGCAGUUUCACAAUUCAAUACUCUGCCAUCUAACCCUGUAGUCUUGGUACGUAAAGAUAAUUCUAAAAAAAAAAUGGUACAUUCUGGUUUGUCGAUAUUGGCUGCAAUAUUUUGCAUUUGGAGGUUGUAUGAUUCUUAUAAAUAA